AUGGCUUCUCUGCAUCCGCACGAACAGCAGCCUCAUUCGAGCAGACAUAGUACUCACUCCGGCUCACCCGAAGCCGAGAAGAUGCUCAAGAACCCGAACGGUGCCCCGGGUCCCGAAGCCGGGGCCAUCCCUGAUGGACUCGAAGUGAAUGAGGGUGCCCACUUCAACACGGCGCCGCAGGCAUAUCAACCAGACGCCUAUCAGCCAGAGGUGCAACAAUACAAGGCGUACUAUGACCACAACCCUCAGACACCGCAAACGCAAUACACGCAGACAACGUAUACCAACAACCACCAGCCUCCCGUCGCUGUGCCACCGGUCCAACAUGAAAGUAAAGGAGAUCGGAGGGUAUGUGGGCUGCGCAAGCCUACUUUCCUCCUCACGCUUGUGUGCCUUGCUCUUCUUGCUGCUGUGAUUGCCAUUGCAGGAGCUAUGGGAGCCGUGUUGGCGCAGAAGAACUCGGAGGUUGCAGACCUCUCAGCAUCGGUAUCGGCUUUGGCGUCGGCCACAGCCUCCCCGACACCCACAACAACAUCGGUCGCCGCCUUGGACAUGAGCAAGCCUGCGCCAACCGACACCGCAAUCCGAAAGGGCGAAUGCCCAACCACCUCGACGAAACCGCAGUGGGAGAUCCCUGGAACGAACCUGACAUUUGUGAAGGACUGCGGCAAGGAUUACAUCUACAAGGACAUCACCAAGAUCCCGACGAGGAACAUUGAGGAAUGCAUUCGGUUCUGCGCUGUGUACAACCUCAACCAGCAGACAGACCUCUGGAGGUGUGCAGGCAUCGUGUAUCUUUACAGGGAUGACGACGGCGGCAACAACCCCUUUUGCUGGUUGAAGUACGCUCAGAACACAGACCAGAUCCUAUCAAAGAACUACGCGGAGUCGGCUUGGAUUGUAUAG